CGAAAAGGCCCUUACGGCCGCUGAUCUAUACGCAGCCAUCAAGGUGCAAAGAUGGGCUGUGCUUCUUACGGGGCAGUCCCUCCGUCGCCAGUGUCCUUUGUCUGGCCUUGGUGAACGGUGGUGACGUUUGUAGGUCAGAACUAAGAUAUAUAACUAUGUACACGCCGAAGCCAUAUGUUCAUCAGAACAUACUCAGCAGAGCAAGAAAAAAGUCAGAACAGUACCUAGCUCAAGGCUUCGUCUAUCGCGAUCUCUCGUAGUGUUCUGACGCCAAUAGUCCCUUUUCGCCACUCACGUUCUACCACUUGACAAGUCCGAAAACAUCAUGUCGAAACUACUGAACAUUCUCAAAGGCUUCUUCGGCUUUCUGAACGCCUCUGCAAUUGAAUCCCAGCUCAACACAACUACCUGGCUUGUUCUUGGAGCGCUGGUGUUCCAUGGUCUCAGUAUUUUACUGACCCAGCGACUAGCGGUACUCCUCGCGUGCGCAGCUCUGUUGGCUAAAGUCGUUCCUACAAUUCUUAUUUCCACAGGCUCGAUACCUAACGAACAGCUUAAACAAGUAUCGCCCGGAAAGACUACAGCUCUCUUUCCCCAGCCUGACGGCUCGAAGGGAUCGCCUUCAGGUCGCGGUCUUGUGGUUCUCAUCAUCGGCAUCCGAAUCAGCCACCCAAUGGGCCUUUUUGCUCCAGGUGCAAAACAAGCGGGCGACUUCUUCACGAGUCUGGUUGCAGACCUUAAUCAAAACAAAGGCGCUCGCGGCUACCUUGGAGGCGAGUCCAUCAUGUCCACAGAAAGCAAUUCGCUCUCCUUGAUCGGCUACUUCGAUUCCAUGGAUGCACUGCAUACUUUCGCUCAGGGCGAGCAGCAUCGCGAGGCCUGGAACUGGUGGAACAAGAACGUAAAGAACAUGCCGCACCUUGGCGUAUACCACGAGGCUUACGAUGUUCCCAAGCAUUCUUGGGAAGCUGUGUACUUGCAAACGCCAAAGAUGGGCUUGGCAAAGUCCCAGAUCACGUUGGAGGACGGGAGCGUGCAUGGUGUACUUGCAGAUGCUCGGAAGGGAGUUUGGAGGUCAAGUGCGGGACGCAUGGGACGACAAGAGGGCAAGGUCCCUAACAGCGAUCCAUAUAAGGAUGAGUAAAAGCUCUAUUGGGCGUUAUUUAGACGUUAUCGUGUUAUGUAAUUUGAUGUUAAGGGGGAGGGAGGCUGAAUUUUUGUUCAUGUAGAGUGAAGAUUAUGUACA